GAUUAGGUGUGCGGUUGUGUCGUGUCUCGGAAAGCAAUUGCGUGGUGACGUAAAGUGUAAAGUGUGAAAUUGUGCAAAAGAAAUAAAGUUAUAUUUGCAAACGUCUGGUCGUUCAUUGUGGUGUCGGAAGCGCGACAAGUGAAGGUGUUGGUGAAAUUGGUGUCUAUUUUUGUGUGAAACUGUGGCAAAACGUCCAUGUGCAAUGUUGGUGUAAUAUGUGUACACAGAUCUGUUGGUGAAAAAUAGUUUAACAAGCAAACCCAUUAAAAAGAUCGAUUAAAACUAGCUCUAAACGCUUAAUGUAUUUUACCCACUGACGCUGAACGAUAGUUAAAUGCUCGUCUGGUUCAUUCGAGCAAACAUUCUCACGUUCCAAUACAAACGACAGAUUUCCGAUUGCUACUCGUAAGUGAAAACUGCAGAAACGUAGAAGAGUGGCCAAUUCAAUGUGUUGUGCAUCAAGAAUAAAACCUGUGCAAAUGAGUGUAAAAACCUCGAACCGAAAUCUCUAAUCACAACUGUUUGUGUGUCUGUACUGUAGUGUCGAAUCAAGUGCAUCAACUGCUUCUUCCAAUAAGUGAACGAAAACAGUGGAACGAAGCAAAAAAAAAAAAACAGAAAAGUGAAAAGCGUUAAUCUGCUUCCCAUUCGACGGGAAAAUCCUCGUGUGUCCGUGUGUCCGUGUAGUUCUUCUUUUUUUUCUUACCCACCCACCCGUGUGCGUGUGCGUUGUCGCGGCCGUCCAACACGCCGUUACGACAAACGCGUCAGCCAAAAUCCGUCAAGCUGGCCGCCUCAAUAGCAAUGAAUCCCCACUACCAUCCGUACUCGGAUCUGUCCUCGCCACACUCGCCCAGCCCGGACAAUGCCGGCAGCUACCCGCAGCUAACCCCGCACCAUAAUGGGCACGGUGGGGGCGGUGGCGGUGGUGGUGGUGGCGGUGGUGGUGGUGGUGGUGGUGGCGGCGGCGGUCCAAACUCGAUGGUCAGCCAGAUGGACGGGCAGCAGGGAUUCCAUCAGAUGAACAGCGGCAACGGCGGUGGACCGGUGAAACACUGCGCCGGAUGUGGAGGCAAAAUCACGGAACGCUUCUUUCUGCACGCGCUGGACCGAUAUUGGCACAACUCCUGCUUGAAGUGUUCCUGCUGCGGUGCGAUGCUGGCUGAUAUCGGUUCCAGUUGCUACACGCGCAGCGGCAUGAUACUCUGCAAAGCCGACUACUCCAGGUUAUUCGGUUCCGGUGCUUGUUCCGCCUGCCAUCAAACGAUACCCGCCAACGAGUUCGUGAUGCGAACGACGUCCCACACGACGAUAAACAACAACCUGAACAACGCCGCCAACAACAACAACAAUCAAAACGGAACCGUCAACAACAACAACAACAACAACAAUAACAACAACAACGGCCAGUCGGUCCCGCAGCACCACGUGUUCCAUCUCAAGUGCUUCCAGUGCUCGAAGUGCGGCAGCCAUCUGGUGCAGGGCGACCGGUACUACAUGCUGGGCGGCAGCCUGGUGUGCGAGCCGGACUGGCACAAGCUGGUGAAGACGACCAACAGCCAAACGAACCCGCCGCUGCGCAAGGGCAAGGUCGGAAGGCCGCGGCGCUCCCGCGACUGAGAUGGUCCCCGGCUGGGUCGUCCG